AUGCUUAAACAAUUACAAUCACCCAUAAUUAUCGUCCAAGACAGUAGUUUUGGCAGCAUAUUAACCACAACCAAUGAUAUAUUGAACCAAACCGAGUUGCUACGAUACAGCGCAAAUCUGAAAGGAGUCGAUUUGGAUCAAUUCAUGCAAAUGACAGAUGAAAAAGAUUUUAAGCUGUAUGGCAUACGCAAACAAAGAGACUGUCAAAAACUAUCACAAAUUGCGCAGUAUAUCCGCAGUUCAUCAUUGACAAGCAGUUCAUCAUCGUUCAGUCAGCCAGAAAGUGGCGAUAUCGAUAAUGCAGAUGAAGACAACUGUUUUCUCACGCCUGACUUUGCACAGCAGCAGCAAGAUAGUGAUAUCCCACAUCUCGUACUGGAUGACCCAGAAGAUACCGAUUAUGAUACAAAGAUCGUGGAAGGUGUCAUUCAGAGGAUUCGCUCAAUUGCUGCGACAACUGAGGAAGAUGACACACAACAACCUUGGCCAAAUUCAAUCCAAGUAUCAAAACCAAAAGUUCGAUUUGCCACUGAUCCACCCAAAUACGAUAACAGCAGACGCUUUUCAUUACCUUCGCUGGACCCCCCAGAGUACUGCGAAUACGUUUUGGAUAAGCGAAGAAACUCAUAUGCCGCUGGCUCAAAUACUGCCCCAAAGAAGCGCAGCAUGAAAGGAAAAGAGACAUUACCAAGAUACUCUUGCUCUGUACAGAAGAUGGGUAAAGCAUCUGCCAAGAUUGAAUUUGAUUUACCUGGUGUGAGGCCAAGAAGGCGUCCUUGGAGAGAUGUAUACAUGGAGCUUCAGGGAACUGUACUAAAGGUCUAUGAAGCAAAAGAUAACUCUUACGCACUCGGUGGCUACCAUUAUCUUCCAACAAUGGCACCCUAUUAUCAACAGAGCGUUAGGUACACUCCUUUGGUGAAUCUAUCCUUGUCAAAUGCCAAGGUUGAAGCAGCUACUGAUUACAAAAAGAAGCCAAAUGUAUUUCGCAUCACCACAGAGAAUGGACCUCAAGUUUUGUUCCAUGUUCAAACUUGCGCAGCUUCCCUCUUGUGGACAGAAAAGAUUUCAUCAGGCAUCAACAUUGCUGUCGAUCUGGAAUAUCAACAGAUGCCUAAAUUCAAUACAACAGUGGCAUUCGAGGAGCCAAUCAGUAGCAAUUUCAAUCAUUCGCCAACUCAUCAAUCAUACCAAGGAUUGGUUCUGGAAGAAAGACAGAGGAGAGAUCAGGAAGCUUAUGAUGUCCUUAUAUAA